GUAUUCCUCUUUUAUUUUAACCAAAUUUCAUCAAAAAUUCUGAAACAUUAGAGCCGUGCCUGAGACACGUAAAAUAAAUAGUUAUAAGAUACUAGCGGCCGCCACCGACUACGUCCGCGACAACUUUAGCUUUUUGAAAAUCCUACAGAAACCUGUCAUUUUUCCGGGAUUAAAGUAUCCUAUGUCUCAAUCCAGGUCAUAAACAGCUAUGUGCAUACCAAAUUUAAUCGAAAUCCAUUCAGUAGUUUUCCCGUGAUUGAGUAACAAACAUACAAACUUUCGCCUUUAUAAUAUUAGUGUGACUAGUGGCCCACCCUCGCUUCGCUUUGGUGUAGAGCUGUAGUGUAGACUAUAGUUUUUGUUCUCAGGCUUGUAUUAUACAUAAUGAAUUUCUAUGUAUAAUUAUAAACCUUCCGUGAAAAUUUAUUUAGCUAAGAGUGAAAAUUUUGUUGCGUAGUUUAGGACGCGUUGUACUGAAUGCACAAUUUUAUUGGUUGAACGCGCAAACCUCAAGAACUAAUGGUCCGAUUUAAAAAAAUCUUUCUGUGUUAGAUAGUGCAUUUUUUGAGGAAAGCUUAAGGCUAUAUUAUAUUACGCUGCGACCUGUAGGAGCCAAGUAUCAAUGUAAAAUGUUGCAAAAAGGGUUAAAAAUAUUCCAUUUCGGAGAUUUCGUUGUGUACGCUGCAUAAAUUAUUAAAGUUACACAAAAAUUAUGUACGACGGAAUUGUUCCCCUUUAAAAGAUCUAUAAAAAAGUGUGCGUCUGCGACAGCAUAUGCUCUUUUAAGUUUGACUCACUAUAACCUUUUUCCUUUUCCCCCUUUAGUUGUGACAUAACUGUAAUAGUCAGACAAUAUAUAUAUGAUAUCGCGGACAUUUUUGUAGAUAUUUAUGUCCUCUAUAAAACUUUAGCACAUCACUUUGCUCAAUGACUUCCGCAGCGUAAGCGAUAUAAGGAUAUUUUUUGGUAUUUUUUUCACACCCUGGGUUACAUUAUCGAUUUUCCUUAAGGAACCCAAACUUUUUUGAAAAUAUUCUAUAGCUUAUGUUCAUCAGGGAUAAUUUAGGAUUCUAAAUGUAUAAGAAUUUUUCAAAUCGGUCCAGUAGUUACGGAGCCUAUUCAAUACAAACAAACAAUCAAAUCUUUUCUCUUUAUAAUUUAAUAUGGAUUGGGAUAUAUCCAAAUCAUAGGUUUCGUAGGGUGUAAAGUAUUUUGAUAUGAGCCUAUUUAUCACGAUCAGUUAACCAGUUGACCCAUCCUACAUAAUAAUUUGCGAUUGUUAUUUCUUGUUAUUCAAAUAAUUUGUUUUUCAAUAUAACAAAUAGUUGUCUAUGGCCAAAAGAAGAAAACAAAAGAUUGUAGCGGUAAAUACAAUUUGUAGUACAUACAAGUUAAAUGGCAAAACAAACUCUUGAUAUUGUGCCAAUGAUUCGCAAUAAUUGAUACUGAUGCAAUAUUCUAAAGUUUACUAGAUUUCAGUACAUACACGUGUUUAACAUACACGUCCAAUAAUACUUAUAUGUGCAUUACUUACAUUCAGCUGGUCAUGUCGUAAAUUGCUGUCGUAUUAGCAUUAUUAACUUAAUUUAGUUCGAGGCAACAUAGUGCUGGGAAUGAAUACUUCGGUGUAUUUUGAACGUUUGACGUUUUUAGUAAACUUUCUUUAGAGGACUUCGUUUGAGGGAUUAUCUACUAACAGUUAACCAUGAAGUUCGUAUACCAGGUCUCCUGAAACAAGUUGUUUUGAGGAUGGACCGGAAAAUUGGCGUGACCGCGACGUUCAUAGGCCCACGCGGUUGCACAAGUAGCCGCUUUGUCUGCGGCAUUGUCCAGUCCUGGCCGGUACGUGCGUACUUGAAUAUAUUUAAAUUUGGAGAUGCGGCCAGGAUGAGGCAAGCGCACUGUUCCAACUACUAUAAAUGCUGUAAGUAACUAACAGGGGGUACAGUUGACAGCUCCAAGCACCCCUGUCCACAUCUCAACAAACAAUACAAAAUGGCUUUCAAGUUGGUGGUCUUCUCGUGCCUCCUGGCAGCGGCUUAUGGCAGUGUGGCCCCGGCAGCAUACGCAGCAGCGCCUGUAGCUUACACUGCUCCCGUUGCCGCCGCGGCGCCUGUUGUGGCCGCCAGACUCGAAGAAUUUGACCCCUUGCCCCAGUACCGAUUCGGAUAUGACGUAGCGGACUCUCUCACCGGUGACUACAAGAGUCAGACAGAGCAGCGUGAUGGAGAUGUGGUCCAAGGCUCCUACUCGCUCGUGGAUCCCGAUGGUACCCGCCGGACAGUAGAUUACGCCGCUGAUCCCGUCAACGGUUUCAAUGCAGUAGUGCGCAAAGAGCCGUUGGUUGCUGCCGCACCCGCGGUGGUUGCAGAGCCUGUAGUAGCUGCCGCCCGCUACGUCUCCGCCCCAGCGCCGGUAGCAGUGGCCGCAAAAUUUACCCAGCCUGCGGUAUACGCCGCGAACUACGCCGUUGCCCCCGCCGCUCCUGUCGUCGCUGCACGAUACGCCGCCGCUCCCGUUGCCGCACGAUAUGCCGCCGCUCCCGUCGCCGCUGCAGUGUCCGCAGCUCCCGUGGCCCCCUUGGUAGCGCGUUAUGCCGCCGCUCCAGUCGCCGCUGCAGUGCCUGCAGCUCCAGUGGUAGCACGUUAUGCCGCCGCUCCAGUGGUAGCGCGUUAUGCGGCCGCUCCGGUUGCCACUGCUGUGUCUACGGGCCCAGUGUUCGCCCGAUACGCGGCUCCCGCUCCCGUGGUUGCCGCUCGCUACGCCGCUGCGCCGGUUGUCGCUCGGUACAGUGCACCAGUAGCAGCUCCAGUAGCUCCGGCUUACACGGCUGCAUACACAACCGCUUACGCCGCUCCGGUGGCGGCAGCUUACAGCGCACCAGUGGCGGCCGCCGCUUACACCGUCCCCGUGGCGGCUGCGUAUGCCGCUCCCGUUGCCGCCGCAUACAACGCGCCUGUCGCCGCUGCUUACAGCGCACCGGUGGCCGCCGCAUACAACGCGCCUGUCGCCGCUGCUUACAGCGCGCCAGUGGCCGCCGCAUACAACGCGCCUGUCGCCGCUGCCUACAGCGCGCCGGUGGCUGCCACUUAUAGCGCGCCUGUUGGCGCGCCAGUGGCUGCCCCGGCCAGGUUAGCGGCCGCCCCGACGGUUGCUGCUGCCCGCGCCGCUCCUGCCAAAAUUCAAGAACAACCAGCUGCUGCCGGUUACAGAUACCCUUAAAAAUAAGACUAACGACUUGAUGGCUCAUUUUGUAAAGACUUAAAUUAUGUAUAUAGCUAAGAUCAUUUUAUUUUUUAUGGAUUAAACUGAGAUUUUGAUACACGUAA